AUGGGAACCGUGUUGUCGUUUUCUCCACCGUCUCGCCGCCCUCUGAGCGAAGAUAUCAAUAUCAACAACUACAAUUAUGAAGUGCUUAACAACCAUAAGAAUAACGCUAUUAUUAAUAACAAUGGCACAAACGGUAAGGACAAAAACUUUAAAAGACAUUCAAUAUUCUUGAGUGCUUUAAGUUGGAAAAAAUUCACAGUAAAUCCAAAGAAGAAAGAAAAAACGCUAAUGAAACUGUCCAACUCUGCGUUUUUGAAUGGAUCCAAGCUUGACAGCAACUACAACAUCGAAAAUUUCAACCUCAAUAACAAUUUUCAAAAAUCCGUGUCCUGUUAUAAUUUAAAAGCAGUACAGGAUGAACUUCCGGCUCCAGUGAAAACUACAUCAUUCAGGAAGCUUGAGAAACCACCAAGUCCAAAAAGAACUGUAAUUCAAGCUUCUACGUCAGAGCUUCUCAAAUGCUUAGGAGAAUUCCUAAAGCGUAAGUGUAAACGACUGAAGAGAUUCGAAGCAUCUGAUGCUAUCUUGUGGCUGAGAACUGUAGACAGAUCGCUCCUCCUUCAAGGUUGGCAAGACAUAGCGUUCAUUAACCCUGCCAACGUAGUAUUUAUAUUCAUGCUACUAAGGGAUUUGUCGUCUAGCGAAAUCCUUCAUGAACAGGAUCUACAGGCUUAUGUACUCACCUGCCUGUACCUGUCCUACUCGUAUAUGGGAAACGAAAUCAGCUAUCCGUUGAAACCGUUUCUGGUGGAGGAGAACAAGGAUCGUUUCUGGGACAGAUGUCUUCAGAUUGUUAACAAACAUAGUUCUAACAUGUUACGGCUCAACAGAGACCCGGGCUUUUUCACAGAUAUAUUCAGUGAACUGAAAUCAUACUCGCCCUGUUUAUGA